ACUGCGAUGGGCGGACCGGUGUCUCCCCCUCGGACAGGCCAAUAAAAUCCGACUGCGUUGCAUAACCGGACUGCAGUCGGUGCAGGUUCACCUCCAUAUAGCGGUUUACUUCUUCACAAUGGCAGCUGCGAAGAAAGUCUGCAUCGUGGGCUCUGGAAACUGGGGUUCUGCCAUUGCCAAGAUUGUGGGUGCCAAUGCUGCUCAGAAUCCCAAAUUUGACAACACUGUCAAAAUGUGGGUGUUUGAGGAGACGGUGAACGGGCGCAAACUGACUGAAAUUAUAAACACUGAUCAUGAAAAUGUGAAGUAUCUCCCUGGACGCAAGCUACCACCAAAUGUGGUGGCGGUGCCAGACCUGGUGGAGGCGUCCAGCGAUGCAGACAUUCUGGUGUUUGUGAUCCCACACCAGUUUGUUGGGAGAGUGUGUGACACCAUGAAGGGCAAGAUAAAGAGCGAUGCACUGGGGAUGUCCCUCAUCAAGGGUGUUGAUGAGGGCCCAGAUGGACUCAGACUCAUCUCCGAUGUGAUCCAGGAGAAGCUCGGGAUCACCAUGAGCGUGCUGAUGGGAGCGAACAUCGCCAAUGAGGUUGCCGAUGAGAAGUUUUGUGAGACGACCAUUGGCUGUAAGAAUAAAAACCACGGGGCUCUUCUGAAGGAACUCAUGCAGACCGACAACUUCCGAGUUACUGUAGUGGAAGAGUACGAUGUGGUGGAAAUUUGUGGGGCCCUGAAGAACAUCGUUGCGGUCGGAGCGGGUUUCUGUGACGGUCUGGGCUUCGGUGACAACACAAAGGCAGCAGUUAUCCGGCUGGGCCUGAUGGAGAUGAUCGCCUUUGCCCGUAUUUUCUGCACCGCUGGCCCCGUGUCCUCAGCAACCUUCCUGGAGAGCUGCGGCGUCGCUGACCUCAUCACCACAUGUUACGGUGGACGAAACCGCAAAGUAGCCGAAGCUUUUGUUAAAACAGGGAAGUCCAUCGAGGAUCUGGAGAAAGAGAUGCUGAACGGUCAGAAGCUGCAGGGUCCAGCAACAGCAGCUGAGGUCAAUCUCAUCCUCAAGCACAAAAACCUGGUUGACAAGUUCCCGCUGUUCAAUGCAGUGUAUGAGAUCUGCUUCCAGGGCCAUCCAGUGACAGAGUUCAUAAGCUGUUUGCAGAACCACCCAGAGCACAUGUAAAGGAAAAACACUGAGUGCCUUCUCAACGGAGAACAUGACCACUUCCACGUUACCUGCCAGAAAGAGUUAGAGGGUGAUGUGUCACUCCACAACUGUCCGACAAACUAAACAGCUCCAACCAGCGAAAUCAUGUACAGGUUGCAUAACGUGUUUUUAAGUACGAGCACUUUGUCCUUAACAUUCAGUUGUUGACAUUUUUUUUCCCUUUUUUUCCCUCCCCAAGUCUUUUACUUCCAGAUAUGGACUAAAACUUGAAGGAUAAUUGUUGGGAUUUUUCUUUCCCUCUGAUGGUCUCACAGCUCUUUCCCCCUGAGAUAUGUGCGUUGUUUAAAAGCCAUGUGAAAUCAGGAUGCAUGGUGGCACUUUUUAAAUCCCAACACUAAUACAGAAAUCCACAGGAUAUCAGUUAAUUGAGUUUGAACUUCAGAAGACGUGAUAAUGACUCAAAUUCAGUUACUAACAUUUGUCCAUAUUUACACAUAUUUAUAUGAUACUACACAAUGCAUCCAGAUUUCUACAAGUCCAGCCACUCAGGGCAAAGAGUUAUUGACAGCCUUCUGUAGAGGGAUUUAUCCUUAUCUAAAAUUAAUAUUGCCGUCCAGUAAACGCCUGUCUGUCAACGCACGUUAUUUAAUUAUAGAUGUAAUACUGCACCUCCUAAAGUCUUUGUAUGCUUUAAGUGUCUUACAUAAUUCACUAUAAGAUUUCCUGCCUUGUACUGUACAUGAACAUACUGUCAAACGCACAGUAACAGUUUUUAACAAAGAAAGCUAACGUGCCUUAAAAUGCAUGGUUGUCAAAGUUUUUCUGUUUAGUCUUUUCUGUUUUGGUUUGUUUUUUUGGCAGUGAACUUAAACAGGGGCGAAUCCAGAUUAAUUUUAGUGGGGGGGGGGUACCGAAAAGUUGUAAGAAAAAAGGAAAGCUGCCACCGACCUCUCGCUUUUAAAAAGUUUUUUUCACAUUUUUUUUCCUCUUGGCUCUUUAACCCAAUAAGAAAGCUGUAUAUGACCUUUUCAUUUUGGACUGUUAACAUUAAAAUUAUGAUGGACUUGU